GUCAUGCUGCUAGGUUUUAUGGUAGGUAUUCGAGCUGGAUCGGGAGCCAUCGGAGGUUACUCGGACCCUCCGGAGGAUUGUCCACAGGAAGCCCUCGUUUCUAUUCUUGUUCUUUGUUUUGGAUCGUUGAACAAGCACUGAAGCAAGCAGGCCUUCAGUCUUCUCCGUCUCUUCUGCUUUUAAGGUGCAGCCCACUUGUUCGACAGAUUGUCCGUGGGAAAAGUUGCAGCCGGUGCCCUAAGCCAACGGCUCAAGAGGGCCUGGCCUGAACCCGUCCUUAUCAAGACAGCAGAGCAGUUUCUAAAGACCUUUCCUCACGAUUGUUAUCCUACUUCUAACGCAUCGUUGCAUUAGAUGCAAACCGGUCCACAUCCUACGUUGACAAAGACACAGACAAAAGAACUGGCUCCGCGAGAAAUGCUGAACUUACCAGGUGUCCAAGUCUUCUGUCGGAUACAUCGCACUUGUUUGACUUCAAUAGUGUCGGUGGUGGUGGUAUUCUGGUGUGAAAUCGAAGCGCUGUCAUUAGCGCAGUACAGAUGCAAUGCCGCCGACAGCUCGCCUGUUCUGAAACCGACGCUCCAAACACUUUUUUUCUUCCUUGUCAACGUCAGGUGGGUUAAAUUCCGGAGAUUUUGGAUGCCAAAUCAGUGACCAAGGUGAUAUCUUUGAAUCUGAUGUUUCAUCGCCAUUCAUCUGAACAUUCUGAUUCACACUUCAAGAGCAUACUCCACAUGUUCACUGGCUUUAGCUUUCCGGCUUAACUCAUAGCUUGAUGACAAGCAAGAAAUGAUUUUUUUUUUCUUUCCAAUCUUUGUUUUCCUAACAUAAUAGCAAGAAAAGCUUCAUUUCGCUUAAGGGACCGACGAAACACUUUUCUCACAUGCGUGAUGGAUAAGUUUUGUGGAGUUGUUUUACAUUGCGGCUACUGCAUGAUAAGUUCCUCUGCCAGGAAUUUCUAAGAACGGUGGGUAGACAACUGAAUCGACGAGAAGGAAAUUAAUGUGCCAGCAGACAGCGAAAGCAGGGGUUGUAGGUCAGCUUUUCACAUGACUCAGCAGUUUUAAUUGGUUGACUUCGUGGCGUUCUCCACCAAACUGGCCAUCGAUGGACACUUGCCCUUCCAUAAUCUCCAACACGUGCAGAUGACAAGUCCCAGCUCCAACUCCAUGGGGCAGCGACUGCUGCUCCCUUCAGCAUUUCCUGAGAUGCAAUUCGCUUCUUCAAAGCAAUACAUUUGAUCGGAGGGAGGAAGUACAACUCUGCAGCUUCCUUUGUGGGCUUUUUGUACCAAGGCUAAAAGAGAAUAAGAAACACUAUAUUUGACCUUUAGAUUCUCUCCUCAACAAAAGAAAAGCUUUUGGAUCCAAGAUAUGACUGGAUCUACUGCUUUAGCACUUUACAUUACAAUAAGUUGUCUUGCAUUUGUGAUAUCAAAGAUUGUUGUUUCGUGCCUCCUCUACAGAAGAUGGACUCGGAAACAUAAGAUCAUCCAAGAUACUUUGUCAGGUGGAAGGCUGGUAAUAUUCAGGUCUCCCACGAUACAAUCUCUGAGCUCAAAGAUCUUCGUCAAGAAGCUCAUGGAGUUGUCGAGCAAGGAUAUUAUUGGAUCUGGAGGCUCUGGUACAGUCUACAGAUUGGCAAUUGAUGACACCACCGCCUUUGCAGUGAAGAGACUGAACAAGGGAACUACCGAUAGAGACUGUGGAUUUGAAAGAGAGCUGGAUGCUAUGGGUGAUAUAAAGCACAGAAACAUUGCUAGUCUUAACGGAUAUUAUAUCGCACCUCAGUUUAAUUUUCUUAUAUAUGAACUGAUGCCAAAUGGAAGCUUGGAUGCAUUGCUUCAUGGCAAUUUGAGCAAAGUGAAACCUCUUGAUUGGCCUACGAGAUGCAAAAUAGCUGUUGGUGCAGCAAGGGGUAUAUCAUAUCUGCAUCAUGAUUGUAUACCUCACAUAAUCCACAGAGAUAUCAAAUCAAGCAAUAUACUGUUGGAUCAUAACAUGGAGGCAAGGGUUUCUGAUUUUGGAUUAGCCACACUAAUGAAACCAGAUCAGAGCCAUGUUUCAACAGUUGUUGCAGGAACUUUUGGUUAUCUAGCUCCCGAAUAUUUUGACACGGGUAAAGCAACUACAAAAGGAGAUGUUUACAGCUUUGGUGUGGUUUUGCUUGAACUUUUAACUGGCAGGAGGCCAACCGAUGAAUUGUUUUUGGAAGAAGGCACAAAACUUGCAACCUGGGUAAAAUGUAUUGUCGAAGAAAAAAGGGAAGAACAUGCUGUGGAUACAGCGCUGUCAUGCUUUCCUGUUGAAGAUGUCAAGGAAGUCUUCCGCAUUGCAGAAAAAUGCCUAGAAUUAGAUCCAUCGGAGAGGCCAACCAUGGCAGCGGUUCAUAAAAUGCUUGAGCAAGUAAAUACUUUCCACACUCUCAUAUCGGGCACUCUAAAAGGUGGCGCUGCUGCGGAUAACACACUGUUAACUACUGGUUCUGGGUAUACAUGCAACAAUCGUCUGUCCUAGUUAUACAGGACCUCCUAUUCACCAAGAUAGAUGUGGUGAAUCCGUGAUGUCAUAAGAAGCUACAAUUUCUUGUGGUGAAUACUACAUACCAAUUGUCACACACACACACAAACAUAUAUAUAUAUAUAUAUUUCCAACCAUUGUCUAAUGUCUUAAUAGCCACAUUGUUCAUUGUUGAUGCACAAAUGCUAUGCCCAUCGCUUCUUCAAAAAACUAUUCUGUGACUAAUCUGUAAUUUAUUACAAGGAUACGUGGAUGGAUCUUUUGUAAAUCGUUGGACUUAUAUGUAAUUAUAAGUCUUGGUGUGACUAAAA